AUGACCGGCCUGAUAGACCUAUCAAAUGCAAAAUGGCAUGAUGCUACCUCACUCGCCUUCAGUUCCAGAGUUUAUGUAGACACCUCUGUCUGGGUUCUUGAUCUUAUUCUCUUCUGGCCUCCAACAUUGUUGGUCACAGUAUUGUCAAAUUUAGCUAUUGUUGAAGACAUUUUCUUCACAUGGUUUGGCCAGUCUUGUUGGCUUCAGGCUGAUGAUCUCAUCAUUUUCAUUUUGCUGAGCGUCAUAGUCACAGUACACUCUAAAGUGAGGCCUUGUGAUGCUGAAGGAAAGGACCUCCACAUCCUGUCAGAAGCCAGGACCUUGAGUCGCUUGGGAAACGGUCCAGGACAACCAAUCAGGGGAGUCGCAAGUGGAAGCAUAGGGCAACUCCACGGCACAGGAGGAUCUUCCAACGGUGGAUCCGGCAUAAUCCAUGGAGGUAGUGGCUUUAGCAAUAAUCAGUUUUUAGAUCAAUCAAAAAGUAAUCUGUUGACACAAAGAUUUAGUAAUCUAGCUCACAAACAUGGGAUUGGUAUAAAAGGCGGUGCUAAUGGAAACAUUAAUCAAUCUCAAUUAAAUGGAGGAACUGUAAGUGCAUUAGCUGGGUCUCCAGCAAUUUUGAAUCAAGGAACCUUUGGAAGUGGAUUAGCAAGCUCUCAAGUUACAGGAUCAGGAGUUUUCGGCCACAAGCACAAGCCUCACAGUGUUCCAGGGAGUGGAAUAGGAGGAAACUUACACCAUUCUCAUCAUCUUCAUCAUCAUGGAAUUAUUGGGAGUCAAAUUUUUGGAGGUGGAGGAACUCUUGGUCACCACCACUUGAGUCAUGAAGGAUUUAAUUCUUUGAAUGCAGGAUCUGGAGGUGUUUCAGGACUCGGUCAAAUUGGAGGUCAUCUUGGUGGCUUAGGAUUGUUUCAGGGGAGUGCUGUUGGUGGUGGAGCAGGAGGUACCAUGGGUCAUUUUGGUCUCGGAAAUAAUAGGCCACAUCUUGGGCUGAUAAACAGCAACACAAAUCAACCAAGUGUAUCGAACAACUUGAUGAACGUUGGGCCACAAUCGACUCUCAGACCUACUCAGGGCCAAGGUUUGUUGUCAUUUAUUUAUAACCGACCUGGACUAGGCGGUGGAAUAUUGAAUGGGAAUGGGCAAAGUUCAGGAGGUAUUUUUGGCCAAGGUUUGGGUCUGAUCCAUAAUAAUAAUGGUGUUAACCCAGAAGAUGGCGGGGCUGUUAAUCAAUACGGGGUCGGAACUAACUCUGGACAAACAGGCCAUCAAGGAGGUUUGGGUCUUAUACAUAACAUUCAUGGUAUAGGCCCUGGAGUUGGCGGGGUUCAUCAGUAUGGAAGUGGGACUAGCUCAGGGCAAGCAGGCCCUCAAGGAGGUUUGGGUCUUAUCCAUAACAUUCAUGGUAUAGGCCCUGGAGUUGGCGGGGUGCAUCAGUAUGGAAGUGGGACUAGCUCAGGGCAAGCAGGCCAUCAAGUAGUACAUAUAGGCUCACCUGGUGGCUCAAACUACCAGGACGGAGGUGGAGUUGGUGCUGGACAUGUUACAAAUCAUUUACAUCAAGGAGGGAUAACUUCUCAAGGACAAUCAUCAGCAUUUAAUAAUGGUGGAGGAGUAUUCUACGGACAUCAACGUCCUCAAGGUGUCGUGUAUCAAGUUCACUGGAGCCAGCCUGGAGGAUAUGGUGGUACAGGAGCUGUGAAUUCUGGCAACUCUUUUUACCAAACCCAUCAAGGUACAGCAACUGGUGUCAGUGGUACUCAAAACUUAAAUGGCAACCAAGGUGGUCAAAUCCAAAUUACAAAUGGCUACAAUCAACUUGGCCAGACAAGUCAGAUUCAAGGUUCUUUUAUAAAUGGUGGUGCCAACCAACAAGGGACAUUGACCAGUCAUUUAGGUAACUCUUUCCAAACUCAGGGGCACCAGCUAAGCAGCGGUGCAAACACACAACACACAGGAAAUACAGGUUCAACUGGAAGCUUCUCUGGUUCCGGUGCCAACUCUCAUGGAAUUUCAGGGCAAGGAUAUGGUAGUUUUGGGGGACAAAAUAUUGGAACAAGCAAUGGCAUUCCAACUAGUUCUAAUUCUAAUACUGUUGCAGCUACACAUGCACAAGGAUCAAAUGGCCAAGUUGUCAGUAUUGGUAGUGGUUCUGCUUCAGGUAUUUCCACAGGAUCUUCUCAAAGUCAAGGUUCCAGUGGACAAUCGCAAAGUACACAUAGUGGGUUGUACUCUGGGACAAACCUUGGACAGGUCAAUAGUGUGGGAAGUGGAUACUACUCUGGAUCAUCAGGCUCAGUCAAUUCUUACGGUUCAGGAACAACUGCUCAGGUGCUAGGGGGUGGUGGACAGUACCUUGCCACAAGCGGGGGUUAUGGAGGAAACAACUUAAAUGGAGUUCAAAGUUCAAGUUCAAAUUUGGGUCAAGGAUCUAGUUUUGGAAGUGCUUCCGGGAGCACUGCAGGAGGUGUAUCACAUUCUACACAGAGUGGACUGCACUCCUCUGGUGUACAAAAUGGACAGUUUUCCACUAUGGGAAAUGAAUACUAUUCAGGAUCGUCAGGCAACUCUGUCGGAUCACACGGUUCAGGAACAACUCAGACACAGGGAGGGGGGCAGUAUUUUGUUGUGAACGGAGUUCAUGGUCAGACAGGGAAUUCAAAUUCCCUUGCUCAAGCUUCAAGUUCGAAUAUGCAGAAUCUAGGAAACAGUGGGAGUCAAUAUAGCAGUGCAGGUUCAAGUAUCGGUACUCAACAAAGUCAAGGAAGUAGUGGCCAACAGUAUGGUGGAUAUCAAACAGGAACAAAUGCAGGCUUGGCAGGAAGCCAAUUCCAAAAUAGUGGAACAUCACCAAUUCAAGGCGGAGCUGGUGUUGGGCAGACAUCAAGUAUCGUCGGCGGCUACUUCACAGGAUCGAAUUCUGACUCAAGCUUUGCAACAAGUUCAGCCUCACAAACGCAAGGAAGUAGUAAUCACUUGUCCAGUGUUACAAAUCAAAAUAUUAUUUCAUCAAACGCAGGAGCCUCUGGGAACACACUGUAUGGAUUAAGCUCACAAAAUAAAUCUGAAGUUUCCAAUACAGCAGCAUCAAGUGUCAGUACAGCAGGAGGGGGAUCACACUCUUCAACAAACAACUACGGUGGGACUUUCUUGGUUGCCUCACAUGGACAUUCAACAAACACACAACCUGCUUGGCCCCAGAGGAAGCCUGUUAACCAGCCUGGGGUAAUCUUUGAAGGAAAUUUAGGUGUUAUUGACUCUCAAGAUAACAAGAAACAAAACAGCGGCAUUCAGAAUUCUAUGUUUGCUGAUGAGUACGUUGAAUCCGAUUCAGAUGGACAAAGUGCUGAAACAGGAUCAGGAACAGGAGUUUCUGGUGGCAGUGGUUCGUUUGUUGCCAGUGGAAACUUAUCAGGCAACAAAGUAUCACAUGCUGGGGGAUCAUUCAGUUCAAGCUCCUCUAUUGCAGGAAAUCAGCAAGAACAAAACUCUGCUGGCAUUGACAGCGGAAUCUACCACAUUGGUGCUACAGGAGGAUUAGGAGGUGGCGGACAAUAUGCCAGUUCAAGUGGGGACACUUCACAAUUACAGAAUUCUCAAUCACAAGGAGUUCAGGCAGGUCACACUAGCACAAACUCUCAAUAUCAAGGAACUGCUUCAAGCAAUUUAGGUGAUGGAGGGGGUUCAGGAAUUAGCGGACAAUUUACCAGUCCGGGUGGGAGCACUUCACACUUGCAGGGCUCACAAUCACAUGGAACCCAGGUUGGUCAAACUAGCCCAAGCUCUGAAUAUCAAGGAACUGCUUCAAGCAAUUUUGGUACCACAGGAGGAUCAGGAGUUAGUGGACAGUAUGCAGGAGCUCAGGCAGGUCACACCAGCCCAAACUCUCAAUAUCAAGGAACUGAAUCUAGCAAUACUGGUAACAAAGGAAAUUCAGGAGCUGGUGCGCAAUAUGCCAGUUCAGAUGGGAGCUCUGGAUAUCAAGGAACUACAAGCAACUUUGGUAAUGGAGGUGGUUCAGGAAUUAAUGGCCAACUAUCCAGUUCAGGCGAGAGCUCUGGAUAUCAAGGAACUUCUGUGGGAAGUAUACAAUCCCCAAAUCACAAUAAUGGGUUGACGCUAACAACAUCAUCCAUGUCACAUAAUCCCCAGUCAUCCAGUUUCAGCCAAGGGAGUUCAGUCUCCAGCUCUUCAAACUCUGGAGGUACUAAUCAUUAUGAGGGAUCUCUAAACGGCACAGGUGGUGAAAAUCACUCCGACAGUUUAGGAAUUAAUGGUAAUUCUAACUCAGAAAAUGGUGCAGCAAUUGAAACCGAGUUUUCAUCCUCAAACUUGGCUGGAGCUUCAAGUUCAAGCGCUGAGGAUAUUUCCUCAUCUUCUGAAAUAGGAAAUAGUGGAGUGGAUAAUUUGAAUUCACAAAGUAGUGUUUCACAGUCUAUUGAUACAACUAACUCAAAUCAUCAAGUAGCUGGAUCCACUACAGAUUCAACCUCAACAGGAUCUAAUAUCCAACCUUCCCAAAGCACAAGUAGUACUUCAUCAACACAGGUGUUACUUGGAAGUAAUCUAGAUCAAAACAAAGAUAAUUCUGGAAAUUACAAUCUCAAUGUGAACAAUGGAGCAUAUGGAGGUAGUUCUGUUAGCAAUAACCAAGCGUAUAAACCAUCCAGUCAACAUUCUACGGCAUUAUUGGUUAGUAGCAAUACACAGCUUGGUACGCAAGAAAAUUAUCCUUCAAUGCACCAGGGAAACCUGGGAUCUUCAAACACAAAUGAAAUUCAUAUUGCUAACAAUGGAGGUGAAUCCUCCCAACUCUCAGGACCCCAAUCAGGUAACUCUCAAUACGCUGGAGCUGAUACAUCAGGAUCUGGUGUGUAUGGCAAUAACGGUAACAUCGGUUUGAAUAACAAUAAUCCUAAUUCUGUACAUUCAUCAGGAACAAGUAACGGACAAGCGUUUGGAUCACAUGGCACAUUCUCCUCCAGCCAGCAAUCUGGAUCAGCACAGUUUGGCUCAGGAUCAUCUUUGUCUCAGAAUAAUCAAGGAGCCCAAAAUUUAGAAGGUACUGUAGGAAUAAUUAACCAAGGUCAAUCUAGCGGAAUGAAUAACCUUGAACAAUCUUACACUUUGAAACCAACACAAGGGGGAAGUUCGAAUGUUGAAGGUACUUACGUCCACAAUGGACAACAAUCUGGAGGAAACUUACAAGUCGUAAAACAGCCUGUUACUUCAUCAGGCAUACUUUCCUCUCAUGGCCAAGACCAAUUAAGCGGUAGUAGUUCGACUAACAUAGAUUCACACACAAUGAAACACCAAGAAGGCUAUGGGUCAGCAGGUUUUAUGGCUGGAUCAGGGAGUAACACUCACAAUGAAGCCUCUCUUAGUGGAAAUUCGGGAAGCACAAUUCAUACCCAAGCUCAACUUCAAUCAGGGGCUGGAGCUUCCCUCUACAAACAAAGUCAAGGAUCCCUCCAAUUCUCUCAAUACGUGAACCCGCAGUAUACUCAGAGAUACGUUAUCGUUCCUGGAAUGGUCCCUUUCAAUAUGGGUCCUUCAACUCUUAGUGUUGACAAAAAUGGCCAACAGACAAAGUACACAGUAGUACAUACUGAAGAUGGUUCUUAUUUCAUCAAUAAUCCCCUGGAGACAGGCCAGGCAAUGGGACACCAAGGGAGUGGAGCAUUCCAAAGCUAUUACAUUGACCCUACUACUGGUGCUACAUUUGCAGGUUAUGUUGAUAAUCACCCUGUUUCUCUGUCGGGUGACAUUCAACAGGUGGAUUUAACUGGAGACAUAUCUGGACAUUUGGGAAAGCAAGGGAAUUUCCAAGGACUGUUGAGUAUCCCGAGUAGAAUAGUUGGAGUGAUCAGUGGAGUGGGGAAUUCUCUAAAGGGAUUCGUUAGCCAAGGUAUUAGCGGUGGGUUCCAAGGUAAUGCUGAACACAACGGAGAAGUGAGUUUUGAAGGGAGUGUUUCCAACUUUCCUGCGAUUCAUGGCUCAAUCCAUGGGAACUUUGAAAACCACAUUUCAGGAUCAGGAUCGGUGGAGGGAAGUGCUGAGAGAAUGCUGCCAAAACGUAAAGUUCUUGCAGAAGCUAGAUCUGCUGCACAUUCUGUGAAGAGAGAUGAAUCAAAACGUUUUUUUUAA